AUGUAUGGGAAGUAUCGCGGUACGCUGUUAAUUGCAACAACACAAGAUGGAAAUAGUCAUUUUCUUCCACUUGCAUUCGCUGUGGUUGAGGGGGAAACAUUAACAGCGUGGUCAUGGUUUUUGACACACUUGCGUGAACAUGUCACAGAUAAAGAUGGUAUCUGUCUCAUUCCUGAUCGUCAUGCAAGUAUAAAGUCAGCUGUUGCGAAUGAAGCACUUGGGUGGCAACCUCCUCAUGCGUAUCAUGUGUAUUGCGUGCGCCACAUUGCAAGAUACACCCCGUGUAAGCAUAUUUUUGAUAGAAAUUUUGAUAAAUUUUGUGAGCUAAGUCCCCCAGUAAAAGCAUGGAUUGGGAAGAUCUCAAAAGAAAAAUGGACAAUGGCAUAUGACAAAGAAGGCCGUAGAUACGGUCAUAUGACAACCAAUCUAUUGGAAUGUGUAAAUAAAGUUUUUAAGGGAUGUCGCAAUGUACCAAUAACUGCCCUUGUGAAGUCAACAUACAGCAGGUGUCGAAAGUAUUUUGUUGAUCGUGGUCGUCAAGCACAAAGGGAAAUACGCGAUGGUCAAAUAUAUUGCUCACACGUCAUGAAAAAACUUCGGGAAAAUCAAGAAAAGGCUUGUUCUCACAUUGUUCGGACAUAUGAUAUUCAGAGAACAAUAUUUGAGGUUGAGGAGGCUUUCGACCCUAUGACUCAACGAGGUGGACAUAAAUGGACAGUUAACUUGAAUGAGCGCUACUGUCAAUGUGGACAAUUUACUACUUACCACUAUCCGUGCUCUCAUAUCAUUGCUGCGUGUGGUACUGUUAGCAUCAACUUCUAUCAAUAUAUAGAUGUUGUGUACACAAAUGACUACAUAUUACAUGCUUACUCUGCACAAUGGUGGCCUCUUGGGAAUGACGAUGCGAUUGUCCCAUCUGAUGACCCGUGGACACUUGUGCCUGAUCCAAGUUUUAUUCGUGACAAAAAAGGAAGGCCAAGAUCAACACGAUUAAGAAAUGAAAUGGAUUGGAGGGAGCCAUCGCAAAGUCGCUACAAGUGUGGCAGAUGUGGGACAGUAGGACACAACCGACGUAAUUGUCCAUUGCAAUCUCAACAAGGCAGUUGUUGA